AUGGCAGACGAGAUGGAGCCGCCGUAUACAGAGAAUAUACUCACAUACGGUUCUCUACAUAAACGCACAACAGAUAUCAUUAACCAAAUUACACGGAGUCGUAAUGCCGUAUGGAGUAAACGUCAAGAACAUCUUCUUAACGCCCAACAGCAAAGCAAAGAAUUAUUAUUACUACUUCGUCAACAAAGUGGCUUUAGUGAAUCCCCAUCCGCAUGUGUGGCGGAAGCACAGGCACUCAUGCAUCAUGCAGUGAUCUGCAGUGAAUUACAUGAUAACAUUCGUCUUGCCUCUUCUUCUUAUUCUUCUUCCUAUUCUUCUUCUUGUUAUUUCUAUGCGGCUGCUGAGGCCCAGGCAUAUCAUAAUGCCUCUGCGGUGUGGUUUCGCAUGGAAUACGAACGGUGGCAGUUAAAUUUUCCAACAUGUGAUGAUGCGUUAGCGAAUGGGGUUUUGUGUGGAGCCAUGGCAGCAGCGGCGUUAUUGCGAGAUGAACCGGAUUUACGAGACUCACCAAUACCACAACACGCUGCUGUACUUUUCUCUACUGCCAAUAAUAAUAAUAAUAAUAAUAAUAAUAAUAAUAAUAAUAAUAAUAAUAAUAACCAUCAGAGUAGAGAGAAAGGAAAUCGCAGUAAGGGUAAUAAUAAUAAUAAUAAUAAUAAUAAUAAUAAUAAUAAUAAUAAUAAUAAUAGUAAUAGUAGUAUUAACUGUGAACCAGUGAUCACAGACGAUAUACCAAAGAUGCCUAAUAUGCAUUUAUCACGUGCAUGGGCGGAAUUAAUGCGAGUGGCGACAACUUUAGAAGAUUUUCAAUGUCUUGAAAUGGCGGCGAAUUAUUAUGAACUCGCUGCGGUGAUUUUAUUACAAGAAAAACCCCACUAUUUAGAUCCCCCUGUAAACACAUCUGUGGAGGAUGAGCAAAGUAGUCAUAAUACGACGAGAAGUUCCUUCUCGGCUUCUUUUCAUGAACAUGUCGCUGUGGCUGCGGUGAAAACAAGAACGAAAGGAAUAUGGGACCGUGUGGAAGGGGCAUUUCAUCAAUUAAAGGAUGUUGGUAAACAUAUACAUACAUCCACUUUACCUUCACAAGAGGAAGAAGGGGAAACGUUAAAAUCCUCUUCCACACCUCUAGAUAAGGAAGAAGAGAAAAAGAGAAGUACUGGUGUAUUGGGUUCAAAAACACUUUUGGAAGUGACAAGAGAGGGAUUUCCAUUGCAAGUAUACCCACGAGCAUUAUUGUAUGAGUUUAGUUUGGCAUUACACCGUGCCGCAUUAGUGAGUGCCUUCACACGCGACUACGCUCGUGCUCUUCUUUACACAGAUACACUUCUGCAAACAUUAACAGAAGAGGCAGAACGACGACGUCCAUGUAGUGAUCCACCGUUAUUUCCACAAUCGUUUUUUCACUUCACCAAAGUGGAGAGAGAAGGAGAUAAUGGAAUAAACAGAGAAGGGGAAAAGGAAAUGAAUCAGGGAGAAUCUUGCAGUAUGGAAGAUCGCCGUUUUUCUAGUAAUAGUAGUGAUAAUAAUAAUAAUAAUAAUAAUAAUAAUAAUAAUAAUAAUAAUAAUAAUAAUAAUAAGAAAAACACGCCGCUCUCUACAUUGGACUACGUACCACGACCGAAGACGACGAUAAUGGACAGUUUUGCUUUUCUUUUCACACAUUUAACACGUUGGGUGCAACUUAUUGUGUUGAAGGUGUAUAUUCUCCUUAUUCUCUCCCUUCAACAAGAACAAGAACAGCGGCGAGAAGAAGAAGAAAAAGAAGAAAAGAAAGAAAAGAAGAAAAACGGUGAUGAGGCAUCAUUUCCCACUGUAAGUGAGUCGGAUCUAUUUAUGCAAGUGAGUCUCUUGUUUGAUCUCGCUGGGGAGAUGCGACGUGUAGGGCGUGAUAUUAUACAACUCCGCCCUAUUCCUAUUCAUAUGGAUAGUGAGAGUGAGAGGGGAAAGAGAAGAGAAAUACAAGAAAUGCCACUCUACUGCUUCGCACCCUAUCGAUUCACUACCGCAAAGGAAACGAAUAAUAAUAAUAAUAAUAAUAAUAGUGCCGAUAGUGGGAAAGAAAAAGAAGAAGAAGAAAAGAAGGAGAAACCAAAGGAAUUAGUUGGUGGAUCUAGCCUAAGAGAUGAUUCAUCGGGAAUCCCAGAGUGUGAAAACAGAAAGACACUGCAGGCGAAAAGAAUGGCUCAACGACUCUUGCAAAGUGAUGCACUCCGAGAAAUUCGAGCUCGAGCCGCUAAAAGAUCAACAACAACAAAUACCAAUACCACUAAUACUAAUAAUAAUACUACUAAUAAUAAUAAUAAUAAUAAUAAUAAUAAUAAUAAUAAUAAUGCUAAUAGUACUACUGAAUUGCCUAGUCCUGUACCGUUAGGGGAAAUGACAACAGGUGAUGGCACCCUUAACCCUAAUGUAAACAGUCAUAAUAGUCGUAAUUCUACCACUACAUCCUCCGCUGACACUUCGUCUAGUGAUCGAAAACAAGAAGAAGAAAAGGAAGAAGAAAAAGAAAAAGUAGUCAAAGACGAAAAGGAAGAACCACAGAUACCGCACCAAAUGGAUGUAAGUGAUAUAGACAAGUGUGAAUCUGUGGAUACAUUGAAUGAUAUACAUAUAAGAGAGAUUGCGGCAUCUCUUUGGGUUGUGUGUGAUCGUAUACACCACUAUAAUGAUUCUGCAGUGAAUGCCCCUGCUGCCCGUGCAGCUCUGCGUGUUGCUGUUGAGACUGUUGACAAUCAUCUCGUGGCGGCUGGGAUGCGUUCACGUACACUAUCAGUGAUGGGCCAACGUGUCUUGCGGGAAGUGUUUUACCCAUUAACAACAAUAAUCCCAGGGCCUCACUGA